AUGCACGAUUUCCGAGGUGCGACGGUGGAAGACCUGGAUCUUCCUCCCGCGUUCGUGAUCACUCCAGACACGCCGCUGGACCACGCGCUCGAGCUGUCGUUUGAGCGGUCGUAUUCCUAUCUUCCGGUGGUAUCGGCCAAGACGCGCGCGCUGCUGGGCUAUCUCUCUGCAGAGCAACUGCAGAAAGCAGCCAGGACGGGAAAGGUUCCCAAGACUGCCGGGAAGACGACGACGGGAGUAGCAGACGACGGAGACACGGAGAUGAUUGAUCUACGACUUGCGACGGUGCGGUCGUUCAUGCACCGGUUUCCGAAGGAGGAGAAGUUCGAGAAGAUUACGCCGGAUACGCCGUUGGAGGAGCUCGAGCGGUUUUUCGAUGGCGAGCAUGACUUCGCGGUGGUGACGGAUGAGGAUCGGAAGUUUGUGCUCGGGGUGGCUGCGCCGGAGGAUUUGGCGAAGUUUGUGGAGCGAAGGCCGUCGGUUGGGUUGCGGGAGUAG